AUGGUCAAAUCAGAAAGUGUCACGCCAUCAACCAUAGUAACGCAAGAGGAAUCCGUAGAAUCAAAACCAUUAGCUCCGCCUGUUGAAACAUCACUUCCACCGCCAUCGCCGUCAAUACCAGCUGAACCGCCACCGUCCGCAUCGCCAACUCCUGAACCACCCGAACCGCCACCACCACCACCGUCCGCAUCGCCAACUCCUGAACCACCCGAACCGCCACCACCACCACCGUCUGCAUCGCCAGUUCCCGAACCACCCGAACCGCCACCACCACUACCGUCUGCAUCGUCAGUUCCCGAACCACCCGAACCGCCACUACCGCCACCGUCCGCAUUACCAGCACCCGAGCCACCAUUACCAUUUUCAUCACCAUCUACCCCUGCUGAAUCUUCCUCAGGUGUUUUGUCACUACCAUCAUCUACUCCGGGAUCUGCGAGCCCUGGACUACCAGAAACAUCGGCCCCAUCGUCUCAACCAGAAACCAUAACACCGACAAGUGACACUGCAAAAGUUCUGACUACGUCGCCAACUGAUGCACAUACUGCAAUGGAAUUAUUGUUACCUAAGCCAGUUGUAUCAACGAGCAGUUCACAGAGCGGAGCGAUGACAACGGGUGGGACAAUUCCAACAGAUUCCAGCACUCCAUCUACAGAUUCCAAAGCUAAAGAUAAACCCAAGAAAAAGAAGAGAA